AUGACGAGACGCGUGGUCCCCGACUUCCCAGAGCGCACCAGGCGGGCGGACGAGCUACCCGCUCGCAUCUUCUCGACCGGCCUUGGUAUCGCGGUCCGCACCGGGAAGCGAGACGGCGAUGAAGACGGCGACGACGUCUCCGCGUCCAAAAAGGUCUUCUACACCAUCGUCACCGCCGACCUCCUCAUCCCUGGCGACGGCGACCCGCUGCCGCAUGCCGCCCUCGUGGCCCGCGACAAGCUCAUCGUCUGGGUCGGCAAGCAGAGCGACCUGCCGAGCGAGUACACGCAGCAGCCGCACAAGACGCACGCGGUGCCGUACCUGAUGCCCGGCCUGUGGGACUGCCACGUGCACUUUGGCGGCGAGAACGAACAGACCGCCAUCGAAGAAGGCACUACGGGCAUCGGCUUCAUCGCCGACAACCCGGCCACGGCGGGCGCGCGCCUUGCUCGCGGCUGCUGGGAGGCCCUCCAGCGCGGCUACACGUCGCUGCGGGACGUGGCCGGCUUCGGCUGCGAGGUGGCCAAGGCCAUCGAGGACGGCACCAUUGUCGGCCCCAAUGUCUAUAGCGCCGGCGCCUGCCUCAGCCAGCUCGCUGGCCACGGCGACAUCUUUGCCCUGCCCGCCGGCGACGCCCUACUCAACCUCGGCGUCACCAACAUCACGGCGGGGCACUUCGGCUCCGGCAUGAGCUGCCUGGUCGACGGCCCCGACGAGUGCCGCCGGGCCGUGCGCCUGCAGAUCCGCCGCGGCGCAAAGUGCAUCAAGGUGAUGGCCUCGGGCGGCGUGCUCUCGCGUGACGACAACCCGCUCUACGCGCAGUUCAGCGCCGAGGAGCUCGACACCAUCGUCUCCGAGGCCGGCCGCAUGGGCCGCGCCGUUGCCGCCCACGUCCACGGCAAGCCAGGCAUCCUGCAGGCCGUGCGGGCAGGCGUCGCCUCCGUCGAGCACGUCACCUUUGCGGACCAGGAGUGCGUAGACCUCAUCCGCGAAAAGGGCACCAUCUACGUGGCGACACGCACCAUCGUCAAGCUGCUGCUCGAGACGGGCGGCAAGGGCAUGCCGCGCAUCAUCUGGGACAAGGCCAAGCUGUGCGGCGCGAACCACCUCAAGGCGUACAAGCUGGCCAUUGAAAACGGCGGCAUCACGUUCGCGCUUGGCACCGACACGCCGCCCGGGUUCAACAUGGCCAUGGAGCUCGAGUUCGCCGUCGAGGCCGGCCUGAGCAACCUCGAGGCCAUCCGCGCGGCCACGGCCAACGGGCCCCUGACGCUGCGCGAGCAGGCGCCCAAGACGGGCCAGCUCAAGGCCGGGUACGAGGCCGACAUGAUUGGCGUGUGCGAGAACCCCGUCGACGACGUCCGCGUGCUGCAGAAGAGGAGCAACAUCGGCUGGGUGUGGAAGGGCGGCCGUCUGUACAAGGGCCCGGGCAUCGGCCCGUGGGGAGAGGAGCUGGACGGCUGA